AUGAAGGUCUCCGCGUCCGUCCUUACCAUCCUCACGGCCUUUGCCGCCGUCCACGCCGCCGUCAUUGCGCCCAAGGCCGCCGUCGAGCCCAAGGCUGACCUCGAGCCCAUCGCUGACCUCGAGCCCGCGUCCGACAUGAAACCCGCGACCGGCAUCGAGGCCCGCUGCCUCACCUACGGCCAGCGCUGCAAGGGCAACGGCAGCUUGGGCGUUUGCUGUGGUUACUGCUCCGCCAAGGGCAACAAAGCCGGCACGUGCCGCCUCUGA